CUCUACUGCCUUAAUCAUGACUCUCAUCUCGCGCUUUCUUACCUUGCACAGUUUCACUUCUAACAAAACCCUCGGCACUAACAUAACAAAACCCUGACCAGCUCUUACACGCAGCUCAAACACAACACAACCCAGUCCUCAAAUGAAACAGCUCAACCCCAGGUAACUCAUCUUUGUCUGCUCGUUCAAUUUUUACUGAUAGCCUUUUGCUUACUGGGCAUUCCUUUAUUCAAGUUUAUAAUUUAUUUCAAGGUUUAUGCAUCUGGAUAUGUUAAUCCGUUGCUGGAUUUAUUGGAUUUGUCGAGAGCUUCUUUUAGAUUACUAAAAAAUAAUGGGUGUAGCAGACUUUAACAAUGAACGCUAUUGCUUUAUUUGGUGCAAGAAUGGCUCAUAAAUUUUCAUACAUAUCAUUAGUCUCACGGAAAUUAUGUGAUUGGAGUUUUGAUGGAUAUAAAAGUGAUGAUAAUGGGUUUCAACAUAUUGAGGAACCCAUAAAGAAACUAUAUAAAAUUUCAGGUGCUGACUCUUUUGAUUAUGAAUACGGCGAUGAGGACCCUUAUUCUAAGGGGAGUUGGUUUUUUGAGAAUGUGAAGUUUGAUGCUGCAAGAGUACUUGACGUUUUACGGCAGGAUGGUCCCGGCUUUGACGCAAAAGCUGGUCUGUGUGAGUUGCAUUUGAGGGUCUCGGGACUGCUUGUAAAGGAAGUCCUUAAGAGAAUUUUGAGAAAUAUAAAUGACGACAAUAAAAUGCGAUGUGCAAAAUUAGGGUAUAAGUUUUUUGUAUGGUCUAGUCAGCAGGAAAACUAUAGGCACACAGUAAAUAUUUAUCAUUUGAUUAUGAAGAUUUUUGCAGAUUGUGAGGAGUUUAAGGCAAUGUGGAGAUUACUUGAUGAAAUGGUUGAGAAUGGAUUUCCAACUACAGCACGGACAUUUAACAUAUUGAUAUGUACUUGUUGUGGGGCAGGUUUGGGUAGGAGAGUUGUGGAGAGGUUCAUUAAAUCAAAGGCAUUCAAUUAUAGGCCGUUUAAACACUCUUACAAUGCUAUCCUACAUUCACUUCUUGCAGUUGGCGAGUACAAAUUAAUUGAGUGGGUUCAUCAGCAAAUGCUGAUUGAGCAUCAUUAUCCGGAUACUUUAACUUUUAACAUUCUUAUGUGUGCAAAAUAUAGAUUGAACAAGUUACAUGAUGUUCAUAGAUUGCUUGAUGAAAUGGCUAGGAGCGGAUUGUCCCCAGAUCUCUACACCUAUAACAUCCUUCUCCAUGUUCUCGGUAAAGGAAAUAAGCCUCUUCCCGCACUUAAACUAUUGAGUCAUAUGAAGGAAGUGAGUGUAAAUCCUAGCAAUCUUCACUUCACCACAUUGAUUGAUGGAUUGAGUCAUGCUGGAAAUUUAGAUGCCUGCAAAUAUUUUUUUGAUGAAAUGAUAAAAUCUGGAUACCUGCCAGAUGUUGUUUGUUAUACUGUAAUGAUCACGGGAUAUGUAGUAGCAGGGGAGUUUGAAAAGGCUCAGGAAUUGUUCAAUGAGAUGAUAGAGAGGGGGCAGUUGCCAAAUGUAUAUACCUACAAUUCAAUGAUUCGAGGGUUGUGUAUGGCUCAGAGGUUUGAGGAGGCUCGCUCCAUGCUAAAGGAAAUGGAAUCUAGAGGAUGUAAUCCCAAUUUUCGUGUAUACAAGACAUUAGUGAGAAAUUUGCGGAAUGCUGGAAAGCUUUCAGAAGCUCAUGGAGUAAUAAAAGAGAUGACGAAGAAAGGGCAUUACGUCCAUCGUCUCAAAGUUCAAGGGAUAUAGGAGACGCUGAAGUGAUAUAUUGCAUACAUGGAGCCUUUGUCGAUGUAACUUACUGGGAUGCUACCUGUUCAGCUCAGGUUGAUUUUGAAGUCUGAACAACAUUUGAAGGAAUUGUAAUGAAGAUGUUCAACUUUUGCAGAAUUGGAUAGGCUGAUAAAUUUAUCUUGGUCAUCAAAGCUAAGGUAGAUGCUAAUUGGAUUACCAUUUCUUUUUCAAAAUUUUCCAUGAAACUUUUCCGAGGUGCAAUUCUUCAUGCAUAUACGAGUCUUAUGCAAGUUCAGUGCUAGGGAACAUGAGGCCUAAUUCCAAACUUUACUCGACUGUGAGCAUUGCUGAUGGGCUGAGGAAAUCUGCAAAUUCUAUUCUUAAAUGUAGAUAUUAGACGCAAUGCAAGUGGCGUUGUUGUACCAUCAUUUUACCAAUUAAACACUAGAGAUGCCGAAGGGGAUAGUUUUAUAUUUGCUUCAUUCAUGUUGGCUCAAGGUAUGCGUUCUUCCCUUUGUCAAGACAACAUAAAUUGUUAUCACUUUAAAUCCCCACAAAGCCAUAAGUAUCUCGUUACUCUGUAAGUUUAUGCGUUAUGUUCCUAUCAGAAGUAGCAAAAUAAAAACAUAAUCUUGUACUGAAUUAGAAAGAGGUAUAGGAAUGUUGGGAAUGUAGGUUCUGUUUUAUGUACUCUUAUUUAAUAAUGUAGUGAAAGGAUCAAAUGGUCAA